AUUAGCUGCUACAAGAUGGCGGCUGCCUCUCUAUUAUUCUGUCGUUCGUCAAGACACCUUUCGUCGAGGAUUAGAGAGUUUUGCUCAAAAGCCGUCAUUGAUCGUGGGGUCGUACUUGGCGUGUUUGAGGUGGACAGCGGUCAUGAAAAGAAAUCUGAUGAGGUCGAUGUAGAAAAUUUCUUCACCGAAGCAGCUAAAAAAUUUAACUCAAGAACUUCAGGAAAGCUCACGGAGAUGAUCAAAUUGUCUGGAUUUAAGGGAAAAAUUGGCAAAUCAAAGACAUACUUUGGCAUUGAUAAGGAUUACCCUUGUGUUGUUGUUGUUGGUCUGGGUAAAAAGGAUAUUCAGUCUGAUUCAGAGACAAGUGAAGAAAAGGAAUCUUGCAGCAACUACAGACAGGCUUCAGGGGUUGGUGUCAAGGUUCUAAGAGACUGUGGAGUGCAGACAGCAGAAGUAGAUACGUUUUCAGACCCUCAAGCUGCAGCCGAGGGAGCAAAUUUAGCUCUUUUCAGUUAUGACACAUUGAAAUCUUCAAAGAAGUUGGAAGUGGAUCUCCAGCCCCAUAAGCAUGUGACAGAAAGUGAUUUGAAGAGCCAAGAGGAGGAAAUAAAUUUCUAUGCCUGGCAUAAACUUUGGCAGGAUGGGUUACUGUUAUCUGGAGCACAAAAUUUUGCCAGAGAGCUGAUGGAAACACCAUCCAACCUUUUGACACCAACAGUCUUUGCUGAUACGCUUAUCAACAGGUUUUCAGAUCUAGAAAGUGUGGAAGUGUUGGCAAGGGACCAAAAUUGGGCAGAAGAGCACAAGAUGGGUGCAUUCCUGAGUGUUGGCAAGGGCUCAAGUGAACCAAGUGUUUUCUUAGAAAUGAAGUAUUCUGGUGCCAAGGAAUCUGAUUCACCCCCUUUAAUUCUUGUUGGGAAAGGUGUGACAUUUGACAGUGGUGGUAUCAGUAUCAAGCCAGCUGCUGGAAUGGGGCUCAUGAAAGCUGAUAUGGGUGGAGCUGCCACUGUUAGUGCAGCAUUUGAAGCCAUAGCAAGGCUAAAAGUGCCAAUCAAUGUCACAGCCCUUGUUCCUUUGUGUGAAAAUAUGCCAUCAGGAUGUGCUAACAAACCAGGAGAUGUCAUCACCGCAAUGAGUGGGAAGACUAUUGAGGUUGACAAUACUGAUGCCGAAGGAAGACUCAUUCUUGCCGAUGCUCUUUGUUACGCCAGCAAAUUCAACCCUCGUGCCGUUAUUGAUGUGGCUACACUUACUGGUGCGAUGGAUAUCGCCUUAGGACAAGGAGCUACAGGUGUGUUUACAAACUCUGCAACAUUGUGGCACUGCAUUUUUCAGGCUGGGUUCGAUUGCGGGGAGCGAAUGUGGCGCAUGCCAUUAUACAAACACUACACCGAACAGAUACAGUCCGACGUGGCUGAUUUAAGAAACACUGGAAAAAAGAGGUCAGCUGGAUCGUGUACUGCUGCAGUUUUCCUCAAGGAGUUUGUUGACGCUAAACAUUGGGCUCAUUUUGACAUCGCCGGUGUGAUGGACAACAGUUCGAAUGCUAUCCCUUAUCUCAACAAAGGCAUGUCAGGUCGACCAACAAGAGCCCUUGUGGAAAUUGCUAGAAAACUCGCAGUCAACAACUUGGAUUAAAGGACUGAAUUCAACCUGAAGAGAGCAUGUCACAUUACUGAAUAUGUUUUCGUGAGAGAGUUUGGCAGAAUAAGGAAAAUAGAACGUUCACCCAUGAUUUUACACCACUCUUCUUAGUAGCACGGAAAAAAAAGGUUCACGGUUGCACAAAUCAAAUCCUGUGGGAGAAAAAUACUUUUGGAAGUUUUUAUUUUAUUGUUCCGUGAACAAAUUUGGCCGCGAAUCACUCGGGUGUAAAUGUUCAUGGUGGUAUGUUUUAAAUCCUAAAGACUGUCACCAGCCGGGUUUGAACUAUAACGCAAAACCCAACAUGCUUCAUUAAAGAACACAACAAUUACCAACAAAAAAUUUUAUUAACUUCGAAGAAGACUUUGAUUAUAGGCUUUGAAUCUAAUAUGUCUUUAGAACAGCAGUUGCGCCGCAAAGUAAUAUGAAACUGAACAUCUAAGUAAAUAAUAACGGAGGAGUAGACUUAGGAUAAUAAUGAAUUAC